ACAAGACAACACAUCACUUGAAUUAUUAUUUAGUUAUGGAUGAAUUAACAAGUUUAAAUGAACGGUGGAAGAGUGGAUAUAAGGAUGACAUGACGAAUAUUUAUUACGGAAGAAUCCUUCUAACAUAUUUAAGGCAUCAUCAUCUAGAAAACGUAUGGCAGGAAUUUAUAAAUCACCCUCCCGAACACCAGCUGUUGGAAGAGGUGAUAACUUUUAUCAUACAAUGGCUGCAUCCGGAGAAAAAUGUCUCUUGCUCGCAUAUAGAUAUGGAUCUGGAUAAUAUCGCACAACAGGUGAUGAAGCGCCUUAAAGUUGAGAAUCCCAAGCAUCCAAUAUUCUCGGCAUCUCGCGAACAGUUCUCGAGGUGGAAAUACAAUAAUAUCUAUAAAAAUCAAUGGAACAACAGCGAGGGAAGACAGAUUAUAAAUAUUCUUUUCAACAUACUCUUGUACAAACCAACCUUCGAGGCAGUUGUACAUUCUUUAAAAUCAGAUCUCUUUCGACAACACCUAUUAAUGAAAAAUUUCUUAAGUUAUAGUUUAUACUACAUUAGGAUCAGUUUAUGUUAUAACUAUAGCUUCAUAUUUAUUAUUUCUUAUUAAUGUUAAUACUUGUGUUUCUUAAAUUAUGACAUGUGUUUAAAAUCAUACAGAUGGAUACUGUACCGCUGACAGUCAUAUUCCAGAGUGUUGCAAGAAGACUUGGCAUAUAUUGUGAUCUAGUAUCUUUUCUUAUAUCUGAUUUUCCUGCUUCUGAAAUUCUGAACCUGCUACAGGCAAACCAACGCCAAAGUAUUGGUUACUAACAUGGAAGCCAAAAUGGUUAAACUAAUUUUAAUUUCGAUUACUUAUACCUUUCCAUUUUUCUUUUAGUCGUAUAUAUACUUUUUUAUUGUUUUAUUUCAGUAAUGUAACAAACUCUGAUGACGAACACUGUCUUUAUAUCCAUCUCGAAAAGGGGAGAGGUGGAGCCAUUCUGAAUAAAAAUAACUUGCCCAGAAUUUAUGAGUCUACGUUAGAAUGUCCCAUAAGUUUUGAUAGAUAUCCCAGAAUAAAGUUGUUAGAGGUAAUUAUUCAUGUUAUAUUAUAUUAUAUCAAAUCUAUUAAUAAUAUAUUAUAUCAAAUCUAUUAAUAUUAUAUUAUAUCAAAUCUUAUAUUAUAUCAAAUCUAUUAAAUGACAAGAAUUCAUAGAAGUAACGAUAAGGUAAAUUGGUCGCAAACAUGCACUUUGACAUAGAUAUGUUAAAUUACUGACACAUUAAAGAGUGAUUCGUUUCUAAUUUCAAAACAACGUUUUGUUUUCCACAGUUUUGUAAUCUUAUUUUCAUUUAUGAAUGUAAUGUUUGUUUUAGCUGAUGUUAACUUUGGCUGACCAUUAUCACAUAGUAGUACGUAGCAAUACUUAUUAUAGUAGAAAUUGUAAUGACAUCGAUGUAGGAUUUGAAAAAGUUCGUUGGUGGACAAGGUUUCUACAUAUGAUAAAAGAAGACUUGUUGACUUCACAGUCUCUUUAUAUGAGAGGAAAAGAAGAUGUAUUUAAAUUCGUAGAUGAAUUUGAAAAGGUAUCUCAAUAAGUUUAGAAGUAAAGAAAUGAAAUUCCUGUAGUUUUCUUUUCUAUUUUUUGAAGAUAAGAUUCAUUAAUAUAUUUUUUCAUGAUAAGAAUAUUUCCAUAUACAAAGAAUGCUAGGAUUCAUUGUGUAUAUGAAUAUUGUAUUUAGUUUUACAUAAAUUUUUUAUUAGGAAUAUCGAUAUGUCUUGAAAUAAGCGUAUCACUUAUUUGUCAAAUAAAAUAUCUGCUGAAAAGAAUGUUUCCACAAUUAAUGAAUUUCGUGUUUCCACAUAUAUGCAGGAUGAGUCCAUUGUUACAUGCUAUGCAAGAAGACACAUCGAUUUUUUAUGACAGGACACAAUCUAUACGUUAUCUCGAUAUAAGGUAUGUCCGUGCGCAUGUGCAUGCCCAUUGUAUAUGUGAUACAUAAAGUUUACAUAUGUGCAGAAAAAAAAGAAAA